UUCUUUCAGAUUUCAGACAUCAAAACAAUGAAGGUCAACCAGAUAAUCCUUAAAGAAUUUAUUCUCAUUGGCUUUUCUGUUUACCCACAUGUACAGACAUUCCUCUUUGUGGUCUUCUUUUGCCUCUACCUUCUCACUCUUGCAGGUAGUCUGACCAUCAUGGGCCUAACUUGGGUGGACAGGUCUCUCCACACCCCUAUAUACCUCUUCCUCAGUGCACUCUCCUUCUCUGAGACCUGCUACACAUUGGCUAUCAUACCCAAGAUGCUAGAAGAUCUACUGGCCAAGAACAGAAGCGUCUCAAUCAUAAGUUGUGUCUUACAGAUGUGUUUCUUCUUGGGACUUGGUGACACAAACUGCAUCAUCCUCACUUUGAUGGGGUAUGAACGCUUUCUCACCAUCUGUAAUGCUCUACGAUAUCCACUGCUUAGGACCAACAUUGUAUGUGGACAACUUGUAGCCUCUGCUUGGGCUGCAGGCUUUUUUAUCUCUCUGAUAGAAAUGGCACUGAUAUUCAGGGGCUCUUUUUGCAGUCCCAAACUUGUCAAACAUUUCUUCUGUCAUAUGCGGGCUGUUGUUAGGCUGUCCUGUAUAGAGAGUGUCCUCACGGAAUUCAUUGUAAUAGUGAUCUCAGUAUCAGGCUUGCUGGGUACCUUCCUGCUCAUCAUCUUAACUUAUAUUUUUAUUCUUUCUACUGUCCUCAGGAUCCCUUCAGCUGAGGGUAAGCAGAAGGCAUUCUCCACCUGUGCCUCCCACCUCACAGUGGUCAUCAUUCACUUUGGUUUUGCACCUAUUGUUUAUUUGAAACCAGAAGCCUCAAGUGGAGAUGACACACUCAUAGCAGUCCCUUAUACUGUCAUUACUCCUUUCCUCAGCCCCAUGAUAUUCAGCCUCAGGUAUAAGGACAUGAAGAAUGCUUUUAGAAAGGUGAUUGAAAACAGAGUUCCCUUGAAAAAAUAA